GUUCAGUACCUAACACUUGUCAAUAAUUUCUUGAUAUAAAUCUUUCUUCCCCUUCUCCACGACCUCCCAAUUUUACACCACCUGCCUCAUUGCCCCCAGUGAGAACAACUGGCCUUUUCUUUUCUUUUCUUUUCUUGAGGUGUCUCACCCUCCCCAUUCCCCCUUCUGCAUUCUCCCACACUCCAUUUCACAUAGGUGACCAUUAUGGCACCUCCUCGAUCGCGCUCGCGGUCACCCUCGCGGUUAUCGCAGCGUCAAACAAAGUCAUCCCGCUUCCAAUGGUCUACUCUUCUCUAUCUAUGUCUUGUCCUCAUGGUCCCCAUGCUUCUGGUGGGAACCGCGAAGGCUGAAGAUCAGGUACCGUUGAGUGAGAACAAUGGCAAAGUCCAAGGUCCGGUUAUCGGUAUUGAUUUGGGUACUACCUACUCUUGUGUCGGUGUAAUGAAGGGUGGAAAGGUCGAAAUCCUUGCCAACGACCAAGGAAACCGAAUCACACCGUCUUGGGUCGCAUUCACAGAUGAGGAACGGUUGAUAGGAGACGCCGCAAAGAAUCAAUUUGCCAGCAAUCCCCGGCGGACAGUUUACGACGUGAAGCGCCUAAUCGGCCGGAAGUUUGAGGAGAAAGAGGUCCAAUCCGAUAUCAAACACUUCCCCUUCAAAGUCCUCAACAAGGGUGGCCAGCCACGUGUCCAGGUUGAUGUCCAUGGUGAUGACACGACGUUCACACCGGAAGAGAUCAGCGCCAUGGUUUUGGGCAAGAUGAAAGAAGUUGCCGAAUCCUAUCUUGGAGAGAAGAUCGUCAACGCUGUCGUCACCGUCCCCGCCUACUUCAACGAUGCCCAACGAGCGGCAACCAAGGAUGCCGGUACUAUCGCUGGCUUGAACGUUCUUCGUGUCGUCAACGAACCGACCGCCGCGGCUCUCGCAUAUGGCUUGGACAAAGGUGAAGGAGAACGCCAGAUCAUUGUCUACGACCUUGGUGGUGGCACGUUCGAUGUAUCCAUCCUGACUCUUGAGGAUGGUGUCUUCGAGGUGCAAUCAACCGCUGGUGAUACUCAUCUCGGCGGUGAGGACUUCGAUCAGCGUAUUGUGAACUUCUUCGCCAAGAAGUAUAAUAAGGCACACAAUACCGACAUCACCAAGAACCCCAAGACCAUGGGCAAGCUGAAGCGUGAAGUCGAGAAAGCAAAGCGAACCCUUUCUUCUCAAAUGUCCACCCGUAUUGAAAUCGAGUCCUUCCAUGACGGCCAAGACUUCUCCGAGACACUCACCCGAGCCAAGUUCGAGGAACUCAACAACGACCUUUUCAAGAAGACUUUGAAGCCGGUUGAGCAGGUGCUGAAAGAUGCCAAGCUCAAGAAGGGCGAUAUUGAUGACAUUGUCCUCGUCGGCGGUUCAACUCGUAUCCCCAAGGUCCAGGCUAUGCUUGAGGAAUUCUUCGGAAAGAAAGCCCGCAAGGAUGUGAACCCUGAUGAAGCUGUCGCAUAUGGUGCUGCUGUUCAGGGUGGUAUCCUGAGUGGCGAUGAUGCCACCAGCCAGAUUAUCCUGAUGGACGUGAAUCCGUUGACUCUUGGUAUUGAGACCACUGGCGGUGUCAUGACCACUUUGAUCAAACGUGGUACCACGAUCCCCACCCGUAAGAGCCAGAUCUUCUCGACCGCAGCAGACAACCAGCCCGUCGUUCUGAUCCAGGUUUACGAGGGCGAGCGAUCCAUGACCAAGGACAAUAACAACCUCGGGAAAUUCGAACUUACCGGCAUCCCUCCCGCGCCCCGUGGUGUACCUCAAAUCGAGGUUGCCUUCGAGCUCGACGCCAACGGCAUCUUGAAGGUCUCGGCUGGUGACAAGGGAACCGGCAAGUCAGAGUCCAUCACCAUCACGAACGACAAAGGUCGCUUGAGCGCCGAAGAAAUCGAACGUAUGGUGGCCGAGGCGGAGAAGUACGCCGAUGAAGAUAAGGCUACUCGUGAGCGCAUCGAAGCUCGCAACGGCCUGGAGAACUACGCUUUCAGCCUGAAGAACCAGGUCAAUGACGACGAGGGACUUGGCGGCAAGAUUGACGAAGACGACAAGGAGACGAUCCUCGAGGCCGUCAAGGAAACCCAGGAUUGGCUUGAAGAGAACGCUGCCACGGCAACGUCCGAGGACCUGGAGGAGCAGAAGGAGAAGCUCAGCAACGUCGCCUACCCCAUCACCAGCAAACUCUACGGCGCUGCUGGUUCCGGUGACGAUGGCGAGGACGAUGAGCCCAGCGUGCACGAUGAGCUAUGAUCGCAUUCGCCAUGGCUAGCGCAUGAUACCUAUUUCACAUAGCAAGCUUUAGACCGGCGUUCGCACGGCUGGGAUUGCACAUCAUUGUUCUGUACCUUCUCUUAUUGUAGAAUAAAAAGGAUUUGCUUUUUACAUUCCAUUGCUACCUUUACGUCUCGACAGGAUGGAUUUGAUGAAUGCGGAGGGAAAGGCUGGUGACGAGGUUAAGGCAGUCCAUAUCCAAAUACAAUUGAAGCUUUAUUAAAGCCUUCCUGAU